AUGCUGCGGAAGUUCUGGGAUACAGCACAGAAAGCUGAUUAUCGCAGGAACGGGGUACGGAUAGACUGUCGGUGUUUGAACAUCGCUGUCUACGCAGUAUUGCACGAAUCUGGUGGGGACAACCGGACGAGCAGUACUGUAAUUAAGCUUAAAGUUUUAAAUAACCGCGGUCGCCCACUGGUACAUCUGGUUGACCUACAUAGUUUAGGCCAUGUGUCACCAUGUCACCAUUCAUCAUUUUGUUCCGCAAAAACCCUGCUCAAUCUGAGUGAAACAUUUUGGUUUGCUCAAAAAGCGGUUCUCUAUCCGACCGCACCAUUGUACGACGCCGAACGGAAGGAGCUCACUCCAGCUUGUGUCCGUGCCUUGAUUCGGGUCUUUCGAAUCUGUGAUACCGAUAAUGACGGCUACUUAUCCGAUCGAGAACUGGAAGCGUUCCAAUCUCGCUGUUUUUCCGUGCCAUUAACUACGCAGUCACUGCAGGACGUAAAACAGCUCGUUCGUCAAUCGUGUCCCGGUGGUGUCACUCUGAAUGGAAUCACUCAGAAAGGCAAGUUGUUCAAGAUGCGUUGUGUGUGUGUGUCGAUCACUUGCUCCAGUGGACGACGGCGACUGCCUAAAACUAUACACCUAACCUCAGCAUUGCUCAUCCGGCUGCCCCACCAGAUUCGUGCAAUGCGACGUGGACAACGGUGUUCAAACACUGACAGUUCAUUUUUAUCCUGUUUUCUUAAUGGCCAAGUUCCCUCUCCAUAUAGCAGAACUGGCCGAACUGCUGCAGAAUACACUCGACCCUUAACAGACAGUCGGAUGUCGCGACGACGCCACAAAUGUCUCAAUUCGGCAAAUGCCAACCGAGCCUUCUGUUUGCGAGCUGACACUUCAUCCGUAAUGCGUCGACCGGGUGAGAUGUAG